AUGGAAGACAAAGAAAUGAUCAACGACUACAUUACACGCAUUACCUGGUUAGUUAAUCAAAUCAAAUCUUGUGGGGAAACGAUUCUUGAGCAGAAUGUUGUAUCGAAAGUAUUGCGUUCGUUAACGCCGUGUUUCGACAACAUAGUUGUGGCUAUUGAAGAAUCAAAGGAUCUAACAACGUUGAGCAAGGAUGAAUUGCAAAGUUCGUUAGAGGAACAUGAACAAAGGAUGGAUGAGAGAGGCCCCAAAAAAACCAAAGCAGAGAUUGCUUUGCAAGCGCGUUUCAAUGAGAAGAAUAAGAGGUUGAAAGGAAAAUUUGCAGCGAGAGGUAAAUCAAAUUUUCAGAAUUUUGGUUCAAAUGAUUCGCAAAAUUCAAAGCAUUCGACGAGUGAAAAGGGUGAAAGUAGCUCCAAGGAUAGUGUUCAUAGCAAUGGUUUCAAGAAGCGUGAUGUGAGUAAGGUGCAAUGCUACAAGUGCAGAAAGUUUGGACACUUUGCAAAUUCGUGUCGUGGUAAAUCGAAUGAGAAUCACAAUAAUGAAGCUAAGGUUGCUAGGGAAGAGGUAGAUGAUGAGGACACACUUCUAGUAAUGAUCACGGAGGGGAGUUAUGGCAUUACAGAUGUUCCGAGCAGCAGCUACAGUAGUGACAGUUUGCGAGACAGCAGCUGUACCGUUCCAGAAAAUAGCGAGAAAAUGCAUUCGGAUCGAAAUGCAUUGGUUACCGUUUGUGAUGGAGUCCAAGGGAGAGAUGAGUGGUACUUGGAUUCCGGUUGUUCAACACAUAUGACGGGUCGAAAAAAUUGA